AUGCGUGAACAAGUAUCAACUAUACCUAAUGCAGCUCAAUCUGAACAAAAUCGUACCGAUGUUGAUGUGAAUAUAUCAUCACAAUCAUUAACAAAUGAAUCUAC